GGUGAGUGCCUGGCUAAACCUCAGCUGAGCUGCCUCUGGAGCCAGGAGCAGGAGGCAGCAGGAGCAGGCAUGGGACAAAGGCAGGGCAGGGAGGGAGGGUAGUGAGACUCACUAAGGGCUGGAGCAUCAAUCACAGAAUCACAGAAUCACAGAAUCACAGAAUGAUUUGGGUUGAAAAGGACCACAAAAAUCAUCUUGUUCCAACCCCCUGCUAUGGGCAGGGACACGUCCCCCCUAGACCAGGUUGCUCAAUGAUUAUCUCGAAUAAAUUUCAUCCUGAAAGCUGGGGUCUGUCUUAUCCAUAUUUUCCUUUCAUCUUUUGCUCUGGAGUGAGGAUUUCCUCACUUUACCAUGGUUCCUGACAUUGACAAUAGGUGGUAGCUCCUCCAGGCUGUCUCCCAGCUCCCUUUGCAGGAUACGUCUAAGGAGCACCCUGCACCGCUGUGGCACCUGACACUGGCAGUGUAGCACCCUUGCAGUGGGAAUGGAAAAUGUGGCAAUGUGAAAUGGUUGUGAUCUUUAAAUUCAGUCCCAUUUUUUUUCUUUUAUUUCUCCCUACAACAAGCAAUUUCUGUUAAUUAUCAGCAAUUUUUAGCUGAGAACUGAGAAAAGCCAUCACAAUUCAGCAAACACCACAGAGCAAUACAGAAAUCUGAAAAAUCAAUCCCAGCUUCUGUGGUAAAAGUUGCAGAAAUAUUGUUAUUGCUGAUGCAUCAGCAAAAGAUGCAAGACAAGAAAGGUUGUAAUCACUUCUAUUAUAACAGAUUUGGCUGAAGGAGUAAAGCAGCUUUCAUACACCUGGCUACCCCAUCAACAGCUGAAUGGGUAGAGGAUAAGAGACAUAGCCACAGAAGGAAUAAAUGGAUCAGCCUGAAAUAAAAAAGACAUGGACUGUAAAAAAAAACAAAAUCCCACAACAAACCACACGUAGUGGGCAUUUAUAGGUUUAAAGCAAAAAAAAGUCUAGGAAAAAGCAGAAUUUGUAUUAUCAUUCUCACAAGCAGGGACUUAAAAAAAUAAACUUUAGCCUAGCAGAUUAAAAAGAACUUAGUAAAGUCUGGAGUUUUCUUGAUGCUGUGGGAAACUUUAGAAAAUGCUAAACAAUUUAACCUUGUAAAAGUAAUCUUUGCUUGUCUGAUUAUUAGAAAAAGAUAAACAGAUGCUCACAAUUGGCAUGUGCUUAAAUGAAGUUGAAUAAAUUUUUCAAACAUCUGAGAAUGUUUUCUGUGCCACCAAGGCACUGAAGAAAGAUCAGAUCAGUGCAUGCUGGCAAGAACAGCAAAAUGUCACAGUGAAUAUGAAAUAUCAAACCAGAAAAACUGCAGUCACAAAAGAAUGACAGAAUAUUCCAAGAGGGUACAGUGCCUCUGUGAGACACUUCUGCAACUGAGGUAUCAAAAUCCACAUUUCCAUAGGAAUCUAAUCAAGUGGGCAAAGAAAAAAACCAGAACAAUCAACUAAAAAACCCAAACAUUUGUUCUAAGACCAGAGUGAAAAAUAUGGGUGGAUAAUUUCAACAUUAAAUACAGAUAUUUCUUUUAAAAAAUAAACAAAAAACCAAACUGAAACAAAAAAGAAAAGAGAAGAAAAAUUAACUCUCCUUUCCUUCUAAGCUACCUUUUUAUUGAAAGCAUUUCAGAUAUUAUAACAAGUAAAACAUCUGAGGCCUGGACUGUCUUUCAGUGCAGCCAGCUUUGUCAGCCUGCUCAGUUUAAGAUCUGACCCUUAUACACUUUGGCUAAAAAGUGCUGUCAUUUACACAGGUGAAUAUACUCUGACGCAAGUCUCUGGAUUUACACAGGUGUGGCAGCAGAAUUUGGCAGGGUUUUACUCAUUUUAAACAAUAAAAAAAAAAAAAAAUCAGAUCCACUUUUGCAGUGGGUUACAGCUGUAUCAAUCCAUUAAUGUUAUCAAUCCAUUAUAUAUGAUGGUACAGCUCCACAGCUUGUAAAUGAAACUAAGAAUUUUUCAUGCUGUGUCUAGCUAGAGACUGAAACUGAACCUAACACUGCGACAGUUAAAAUCCUAAGGUUUCAUUUAUUAAAUAUUCAUAUAUUGUUUGGUACUUUUGUCUAGUUUAUAUUGAAUUUUGAAAGGAACCUUAAGACAGUCCAGUUUUGGAACCUGUCACUCCUAUCACUGAUUCACCCACAUACGGUGUACCAUUAGUACAGCAUUUUCACGAAAUAAAUGAAACCAUCUUUUUUUAAACCAGAAAAUUUUUUGUAAAGACCCACAACAUUGGCAGGACACCUGAGAAGCAGGUCUUGUAUCUUGGAACAUUUUUUACAGACUGCCAGCCAGAUGUGCAAUGCAGGGGCAAACAUCCAGCUUUUUUGAUUUACACAUUAUUUUCAGCUGGUUUUGGCCAACUUAAGAUUAUUUGUGUGACUCAGAAGGAAACAAGAGAUAGAAAAGGGACAGUUUAAUUGAAGUAGGCUCUGCUCAUAUCAAGUUCCCUUCACUUGAAUGGAGUGACACAAAUAUCAGCCCAACAGGCUUGGUGUGGAACUUAGACCAUAAUGAAGGGGGAAUCAGGCUCAGGACAACUUAAUACUAACUUUUGGUACAUUUGCAACAAAAUUUUAGCUGCAUUUGAUGUUUCCACAAAAUCACAAUGCAGCUUGGAAACGGUGAGGGGAGGUGGGAGUCUGAAUAAACACAUCUGGCAAAAAAGAAAGAUAAUUCAGGUCCGAAGGGUCAUUCCCUUCAGUUCAAGUGCAGUGGAUUGCCCUUCCUGGAUCCAACAGUAGAGGCGUGGGAAGCUUUCAGAUGUCACAGGGUUGUAGAUAACAUUUGAACAUAUGAUUAGCUUUCGUGAGCUGUCUUUAGAAACCUUACAUUUUUCCCCCACACACCUUAGCCAGAGAUCCUUCCCUUGAGGUUUCGGGACACUUAAAAUGUUGCUUUGCCAAAAAUCAAGGAUGUGGAGAAGGUUUUCCUGUGUGAUGUCAUGUUGCUGCCCUUUAUAAGCCUCUGCAGAGAAGAAGGGAUCCAGUCUGAGGAUUCACGCUCCAGGCACGAGGGGAGGUGAGGAGCAGACGCUGACCCACCAUGGAGCGGCAAGCCAUUCCCCAGGGCAUUCCCUGCAGCUCCCUUCUCCUGCUGCUCUGUAGCCUGAAGCCUUCCCUUGCCUUUCCCAACUCCUCUCCACUGCUGAGUCCCAGCUGGGGCAAUGGAGACCGCCUGAUGCACCUCUACACUGACACCGAGAGGAGCAGCUUCCACCUCCAAAUUAACGCUGAUGGCUACAUCGACGGUGCUCCUCACCAAACCAUCUACAGUGCCCUAAUGAUCAGGUCUGAGGGUGCUGGCUCAGUAAUAAUCACAGGUGUGAAGAGUGGACGCUACCUGUGUAUGGACAUGAAAGGAAACAUAUUUGGCUCGCAUUACUUCAGCCAAGAGGACUGUGUGUUCAACCACAGGACACUGGAAAAUGGGUAUGAUGUGUACCAAUCCCCCAAACACCACUUCUUGGUGAGCUUAGGCAGAGUUAAACAAGCCUUCUCCCCUGGUAUGAAUCCACCACCAUACUCCCAGUUUUUGUCCAGGAAGAAUGAGAUCCCUCUGUUCCGAUUCAACACCCCCGAGCCCCACAGACACACCAGGAGCGCAGAUGUUGAUCCCGUAGAUCCUCACCAGAUCCUGGUCCCGCAGAGGAAGACCCCAGUGUUUGGCUCCCUGCAGCAGCAGCCAGCAGAUUUUCCCCACAUGCCCAGGGAGCCCAUGAGGAUCAACCAGAACGACGUGGUGAACCCCGAUGAUCCUCACGCUAUGAUGGAGGCCAGGAGGUACCCAAGCCCCCGCUUCUACAUCACGAGAUAACCGCGGCCCCCGUGCUCAC